AUGUUGCGACGACCGUUAAUCCGCAGCGCCUCUAGCUCCAUUCUUCUACGACCGCUGGGUCCUCGUACACGUCCCUUAUCUCUUCUCGCUCGCUCGCAGCCUUGGACAUCCAGCGCCAACAAACUUAAAUCAUUCCAAUUACGUCCAAGAAUACGGAGCGAUGCUGUACUAUCAAUAUUUUCCUUGUCGGCGCCCGCAAAACGACCAUUUCAUUGCACUACCAGAGUAGAGGCCUUGCCGCUCAUCCCAUUGCUAGCCUCAAUGCUCAAGGCAUCAACCGCCUUCGGGUUUACGCAGAUGGCUAGUCGCAUCGCACUCACAUUUCUUCCCAUAUUAUGGUUAGGAAACCGUAAAUCUCAUCGAGUGAUAAAGUAUGCCGCAAUUCAUGGUAUCCCGACGUCUCCGGAGAAAAAGGAGAAACACCUCAAAAGGAUACGAAUCAGCAACAAGCUCCUCCAAAUUCUUCUUUUUAUCCCUUUCACACUCUUCUGGGCAACCAUUGUGGCGAGUUUAGAGAGGACACCGCUCACUGGGAGAUGGCGGAUGAUCCUGCUUUCACCUGAAGAAGAGGACGAAAUGGCGGCUCAGCUGGCUGGGACAGGCUGGUACGCCGCUGUCGGAGAGAUACUCGCACAAGACGGGCCUCCAGUAGUCAUCCCGCCAAGUGACUGGCGCUACGCCUGGGUCAACGACACCCUCCGCAAGCUGGAAGCCACCAUACCCGUCCUUUCACAUGAACCAGAAAUAUCUCUGGACGUCGGUCCAGACGAGAAGCCACUCCCUCCACCAGCGAAAUUCCCCCUCCGGCCACGGCCAAGGGCUUCAGAGUAUCUGCGUUGGCUCUGCGACAAAAUGUGUCAAAAAAACAAAGACCCAAUACCUAAUUCCGUUCAUACCAUCGCAGGUCCACCCUACUCCCUCCUCCUCAUUGAAAAUCCCGGAGCAUCAAACGCAUUCUCGUACGGUUUCGGACCAGACGGAGGUGGCGGGAUUGUGGUGUACUCUGGCUUCUUGGAUGAGAUAUUUGAAAAGAUGCCACUGGAGUAUACCACCCCACCACCGAAAUCUUGGUGGGCGAAUCUAUUUCUGGGAAGGUCCGCUGAUCAACGGCAGCCUUCACCCACGUCAGAACAGACGACCGAGUUGGCCAUCUUGCUUGCGCAUGAAUUGUCGCAUCUUGUUCUGUCCCAUCACUUGGAAACGCUCUCGUCCGCAACUGUCAUUGUUCCGGGUACAUUAUCGAUCGCGGCCGACGUCAUUAGAGUAUUUAUCUUCCCCAUCACGAUGAUGUUCGGCCCCUUUGUCAAUGACGCCGUGGCACAGCUUGGUAAGGUUGGGUCUGGGGAGUUAGUCAAGGUGGGCGAAUACUGCACAAGUGUAAAGCAGGAAAUAGAGGCCGACGUCGUCUCGGCAAGACUCCUUGCUCACGCUGGUUUUGAUGCUCGGGAUGCCGUAAAGUUCUGGACGAGCCGGUCAAGUCAAGAAAUUCAAGAAUGUGCAAACGCCAACCGUGUUGACACAUCUGUUAGUCGUUCGAUGACGCUGGGAAGGCGCAUCAUGGGCGCUGGGCAUCCUGUCAACGAAGUCCGUGUUGAGAGCCUCAAAGGGGAGCUUGCACGAUGGGAAACUGAAAGAUUAGAAGCCAGAGUCAAAGCUGGAUUGACGCCCGCUGCUUAG